AAAGAAAGGAAAUGCUGUCAUUGUCUUGGUCACACAGGUAGAACCUGAGAACACAGGCAGUCCAAGGUGUCAAAUCCCCAGCUUUCCGGAUCCAAUCGUUGAGCUUCACACAUGGUGCCACUGAAUCCUUGGGAUUGCUGCGGUUGUGUAUGGGUCAGUGCUACUCUGGGCUUUGGGGAGUCUGGAUCAGUGGAGAUUACGUGUACGAUAAUCGAUCCAAGAUCUGCACUGCUAGCCUUGUGCCUGUCUCCGUCCAGGAGUCUGUUAGUCUUGCCGACGGGGGACUUCUUCGUUUCUGAUCAUAUGGUCAAGAAUAUAGGGAUACUACCCUUCUCUUCACUGAUCAUAAGAACAAUUUAAUCAAGUAAAUCAAGUAAAUCAAGAAAGAAAACGGGGCUCUUAGUAUGUGAUCGACUAUGACAAAUUCGUCUAGUGCCCUAGUAAUGGUACCUCCUA